CGCCGGAAAGCACGUUCGAGUCCGGAGCGUCCGAAGCAGAGCUCUCUUCUAGGGCGGGCUAGGGUUAGGGUUUACUUAGGCCGACUGCUUUGGUCGGGGGAGUCUCUUUCUUCCCUCCCGUUCUUCAUCCCUCCUGGCGAUCUUGCUUUUGGUCCAUCGAAUAUAGGGUUCUCUGCAUUCUCGACCCGCCGUCGGAUUUUCUUUCCGUUCUCGAUUUUGUUCAAGUUUCUUAGAGUUUCGCGGGAAUGUCGAGUCAUCUCUAUGGCGGGUACGGAGGAUCCGAGCUCUCCUCUCUCUACUCUUCCCGGCUAACGGGAAACAGCUCGAUCGGGGAUUCAUACCCGGACUCCCUUCUGACGGCGUCCCGCUACCUCUCGUCCGACCAUCUCCUUUCUUCGGAUUCGAGGUACUCUGUUUUGGAGAAGGGGUCGUUGUAUUCCGAUGGGUUGAAGUAUUCUAGUAGCGAGAUUCCCGGGAUUAGCAGCUAUUCAACGAGGCCGCUCACUCCGUCGCUGUAUUCGCAGUCGGCCUGGAGUGCGUUGGAUAGUCAUAACUCGUUGCCGCCUGCCGGGUUGGAGGCAUCGGCUGUUGGAUUGAAGCGACAGAGUGAAGCUUUGUACCACCAGACUUUAUUGGGCACUCAUAACAGUAUUGCACAAAGUGAAGCAAUGUUUUCAACAAAUCCUUUGACCAAGCGCCCUAGAUUUGAAAGUGCAAGCAGUCUUCCUAUUUAUCCCCAGCGUCCAGGAGAGAAGGAUUGUGCACAUUAUAUGUUGACCAGGACCUGUAAGUUUGGAGAUAAAUGCAAGUUCGAUCAUCCUCUUUGGGUUCCUGAGGGUGGGAUCCCAGACUGGAAAGAGAUCCCAUUUAUUCCUAGCGAGUCACUGCCAGACAGGCCUGGAGAACCUGAUUGUCCUUACUUUUUGAAGACACAAAAAUGCAAGUAUGGACUGAGAUGCAAGUUCAAUCAUCCAAAAGAUAAAUUGGAAAACCCGAUGUCAAAUGUUGAGGCAGAUGACACGUCAUUAUUGCCAGAAAGGCCAUCUGAGCCAGCUUGUGCGUACUAUAUGAAGACCGGAAACUGUAAAUUUGGGGCUACAUGCAAGUUUCAUCAUCCAAAAGAUCAUGUUGUACCUGCUGUUGAUGGUAAUCUGGAAAAGACUGAUGCAGCUGCUCCACUAACAGUUGAUUCAACCGAGAAGGCAGAUAAGCUGUUUAUCCCUGUCGCUCCUGCUGUUCUGCACAAUUCAAAGGGUCUGCCAGUACGACCGGGUGAAGUAGAUUGCUCAUUCUACCUCAAGACUGGGAGUUGCAAAUAUGGUGCAACAUGUCGUUUUAAUCAUCCUGAUAGAAAUGCCAUCAAUCCUCCAGCAGCCACUCUCACCCAAGCAGUUAUCAGCUCUCCAGCAUUGGGAAUUUUGAAUCCAGUUGCUGCUGCUUUGCCUCAAGCAACCAUUAAUCCCUGGUUGGCUCAAUCAGCGGUGACUCCUAUUUAUCCGCAGAGGCCUGGACAGUUAGAAUGUGAUUAUUACAUGAAAACCGGGGAGUGCAAGUUUGGGGAGAGGUGUAAAUACCAUCACCCUAUCGAUAGGACCGCAACAUCUGUUCCAGCAGUUAAAUCUGCUCAGUCAUCCGUGAAGCUGACGCUUGCAGGGCUUCCAAGAAGAGAGGGUGAAACUGCAUGCGCUUUCUACAUGAAAACUGGAACCUGCAAAUUUGGUGUAACGUGCAGGUUCGAUCAUCCACCUCCUGGGGAGGCCGUCGCAAAGGCUGUCGCCACUAAAGGAGUGGGUGAAGAUAAAUCCUCUGAUGCUGACGAAGAGGAAUGAAGGGUUAAAGAGGAGGAUGACUAGGGCGUUCGGGAGAGCCCGUCUUAGGUUGUAGAUGUUGCAGAAAUGUUUUAUGUUUCCUUGUUCCAAUGACCCUGAGCUUUCCGCAGGAGUGGUUUGGCAGUAUGUUCUACUUUUAUUCAAUAUAAAACAAUGUUUUACUGCUC